AUGGAAUUGAGUACAGACAAGCAGAAAGCGAUAGAUCUGGCAAUCUCUCAAAUUGAGCGGCAGCACGGCAAAGGCUCAAUUAUGCGGCUUAAUAGCGACGAAGUAAUUCCUGUCGCGGUCAUCCCGACAGGCUCAAUAGCGUUAGAUAUUGCGCUAGGGGUUGGUGGUGUUCCCCGCGGGCGAAUUAUUGAGAUCUUUGGUCAUGAAGCGAGUGGUAAAACUACGCUUGCACUUCACAUCAUCGCAGAGGCACAGAAGCAGGAGGGCGUGGCAGCAUUUAUUGAUGUUGAACAUGCGCUAGAUCCGCUGUAUGCCAAGCAGAUUGGUGUGAACAUGGAAAACGUCUUAAUCUCCCAACCGGACACCGGGGAACAGGCGUUAGAUAUUGUUGAAACCUUAGUUCGUAGCGGGGCUGUUGAUGUUGUGGUUGUUGAUUCUGUUGCAGCACUCACCCCUCAAGCGGAGAUUGAAGGCAGCAUGGAGGACGCCCACGUUGGACUGUUGCCACGUUUGAUGUCCAAAGCCUUGCGUAAACUGUCCGGUGUUACCAACAAAUCCAAAUCCUGUGUGAUUUUCACCAAUCAGAUCCGACAGAAGAUUGGCGUCAUGUUUGGGAAUCCAGAAACGACACCCGGUGGGUUGGCACUCAAAUUUCACGCAUCGGUUCGGUUGGAGGUACGUCGGGCAGACCGUCUGAAGGAUGGCGAAGAGAUAAUCGGAAACCUCACCCGUGUGAAGGUCGCCAAAAACAAGGUCGCUCCGCCAUUCCGCCAAGCUGAAUUCGACGUUAUUUUCGGCGAAGGCAUCUGUAAAAUUGGGGAAAUCUUGGAUGUGGGUGCAGAGGAAGGCAUUGUUCGGAAAAGUGGUCCUUGGUUUUCCUAUAACGAUCAACGGCUCGGACAGGGUAAAAGCAACGCUAAAGAUUUCCUAGUGGAACACCCUGAAAUCGCCACCGAGAUUAGUGCUAAAAUUCGUGCCAAUCUUGGCAUCCAGCCCCCAUCUGGCACCGCCUCAUUGUCGGAAACUGAUGCCGUAGCUGACGACAACGAAGGAAAUGAAACUAAGGUUGAGUAG